AUGGCAGCUGAAGAGAUUAGAGUCAAGAAUAAAAUGAAAAGACAAGCACUAUUUGCUUCAUUAAAAGACGAAAAGAAUAAAGAACGUCACUCGAUGAGAAGGAAAAGAGCUAAAGAGGAAAGAGAAAAUCCAGAGCUAAAAGCUAAAAGAUUAAAAGAAAAUGUGCCAAAGACCAUUGAUUCUAUGAGAGUAUUUGAUGAAACCAUAGGGGAAUCUAUUGAAGAAGAUGAAGACGAUUUAAUGAAAUCCUUUAAUAAUAUAGGUGAUGGGAAAUCACCCAAGAUUUUUUUAACUACAAAUGUAAAUGCAAGAAAGUGUGCAUAUGAAUUUGCUAAUGUUUUGAUCGAAAUUUUACCAAAUGUAACAUUUGUUAAAAGGAAAUUUGGAUAUAAAUUGAAAGAAAUUGCAGAAAUGUGUACAAAGAGAGAUUUCACAGACAUGAUUAUUAUAAAUGAAGAUAAAAAAAAAGUUACCGGCUUAACCUUUAUGCACUUGCCAGAAGGACCAACUUUUUAUUUUAAAUUAAGUUCAUAUGUAGAAGUAGAAAAGAUUGUUGGACAUGGGAAACCCACCAAUCAUAUACCAGAAUUAAUAUUAAAUAAUUUCCAAACAAGACUUGGCAAGACUGUUGGUAAACUAUUUCAGUCUAUUUUACCACAAAAGCCAGAUUUCGAAGGUAGACAAGUAAUUACAUUACAUAAUCAAAGGGAUUAUAUUUUCUUUAGAAGACAUCGUUACAUUUUUAAAGAAAAUGAAAGAGUUGGGUUACAAGAAUUAGGUCCGCAAUUCACAUUAAAAUUGAAACGAUUACAAAGAGGUCUUAGAGAAGAAACUGAAUGGGAACAUAAGCCUGAAAUGGACAAAGAUAAAAAGAAAUUCUAUCUUUGA